GCAUCGGUUGACCUGCUCCAUCCAUGGUUAAUCCAGAAGGGUUCCGUAAGGGGCAAUGGAGUCCGUAUUGACACAACCCAUUGCCAACCCAUCCACUACAAUUAUUGCUGCGAGGCAUGACGUCCCACCGCUGCGCUGUGUUCUCCCCCCACUACGGAUAGCAUCGUCGGGUUCCGCGGUUGUAAGAGCGAGAAAGCACCAAAUCCGUUGCGAAGCGGAGAUCACAGUCGUGGGGGAGGGCGCAUGGACGAUGGCGGUGGAAAAUUCGAUCACGGUGUGUGUUUAGUGUUAGUUUGUACCCGCAGUCGCUUGUCGCCACCGCCAUUCAAGGCGCUGACGGGCCGGUGGAGUCGCGACAAAACAGAGGCUCCAUCCACCGGGCGGGGGGGCAAUGCUGAUUCUUAUUUUGCCGGAGGUGCAGGUGGUGGGAAAAUUACCCCUCUCGGCUGUCCAUGUACUGCAGAUGGUUGCAUUGUUUCUGCAGCCUGGGAGUCUGUGUCCGUUGCGUUGACGAUCGUGAUGCUGUCGAUCAAUGGACAAGAGGCCUCGUCGCGGGGUCACUACAGUGCUUGGGAACAUUCACCAUGCUGUAUAAUGGUACAGGUGUAGAACAUAGUAGAGAAAGCUGUAGGUUGUAGUAUAACAAACUGGAGCAGUUGCCCUGAGCUGCCAACAAG